AUGUGCCCGACUCCCGAUCAAGCUCCGGCCGCGAACGGCCAUGCCAACGGCGCGAAUGGCUCGAACGGCUCCGCCAACUCCCACCCUGGAUUCACGGCCAUUCCCACCAAGCAAACGCACUCCAGCCCCUACCAGCCUGUAGGCGACUUCCUCAGCAAUGUUUCUAGGUUCAAGAUCAUCGAGUCCACCCUGCGCGAGGGCGAGCAGUUCGCCAACGCCUUCUUCGACACAGAGACCAAGAUCAAGAUUGCCAAGGCCCUCGACGAUUUUGGAGUCGACUACAUUGAGUUGACAUCCCCCGCGUCCAGUGAGCAGUCGCGUAAGGACUGCGAGACGAUCUGCAAGCUCGGCCUCAAGGCUAAGAUCCUCACCCACGUUCGCUGCCACAUGGAUGAUGCCCGUCUGGCCGUUGAGACUGGUGUUGAUGGCCUUGACGUCGUUAUCGGAACAUCUUCAUAUCUUCGGGAGCACUCGCACGGCAAGGACAUGACGUACAUCAUCAACACGGCCAUUGAGGUCAUUGAGUUCGUCAAAUCGAAGGGCCUUGAGGUUCGCUUUUCCAGCGAAGACUCCUUCCGCUCCAACCUCGUCGACCUUCUCUCCGUGUACAGCGCCGUCGACAAGGUUGGCGUCACGCGUGUCGGUAUCGCAGACACAGUUGGCUGCGCAUCCCCCAGACAGGUCUAUGACCUGGUCAGGACUCUUCGUGGCGUUGUCAAGUGCGACAUUGAGACCCAUUUCCACGAUGAUACUGGCUGUGCCGUUGCCAACGCCUACUGCGCUCUCGAGGCCGGUGCUACACACGUUGAUACUUCCGUUCUUGGUAUGUCCAUGCCUGCCAUGGCAAAGGCUCUGCAGUGUCUUAGAAUCGGUGAGCGCAACGGUAUCACCACUCUCGGUGGUCUGAUGGCGAGGAUGGUUGUCGCCGAUCGCGAAUAUGUUACCAGCAAGUACAAGCUCCACAAGCUCAAGGAUCUUGAGAACCUCGUGGCCGACGCUGUCCAAAUUAACAUCCCGUUCAAUAACCCUAUCACCGGAUUCUGUGCUUUCACCCAUAAGGCCGGUAUUCACGCCAAGGCUAUCCUGAACAACCCCAGCACCUACGAGGUCCUGAACCCCUCCGAUUUCGGCUUGUCUCGCUACGUCCACUUCGCGUCUAGGUUGACUGGCUGGAACGCCAUCAAGAGCCGUGUCGAGCAGCUUGGCCUGACCAUGACCGAUGCACAGGUCAAGGAGUGCACCAAGAAGGUCAAAGCCAUGGCCGACGUGAGGCCGCUCGCUAUUGACGACGCUGACUCCGUCAUCCGUACCUUCCACCUGAACUUGACCUCGGACGAGGAGAAGCCUCUGCUUCCCGAUCUGACCUCUGAAGAGCAUGCCAAGUUUGUGCAGGCCGAGAAGGAGAUCGCCGCUGAGCCUGAGAAGAGAUCACUGGAUACCACUGAGGAAACAAAUGGCAGCGCUGCCAAGAAGGUCAAAGUCUAA